GGAUCACGUCAAGUCCUUGGAUAAUUGCGAUUGUGAGGGCUGCACAGGUGGCUUUGGGUCAAUAUUUCGUGGCACCUGCUGCUAUCAGACGACAACAAAAAUACAGGAGACGUUGGUGAUACUGGUACUGGCUGCAUUAUGAGAACUGCUUGAGUCAGACCUUCUUACUGUCAUCUAGCAAUGUUAUUCUCUGACUCCGUUGAUUAUAAUUCUCAUCGAUAAACAUCAUACGUACCUCAUCCUUUAUCAGAGUUUAAAUACCCAGACCCCUUCCAAUAAAGCAUUUAAUAUUGUUUACGGUUUCCAUAAACCAACGAUUUCCAGAUAUACCUGCUGAAGCCAUGUGCAGAUUUCUGGUCUACACAGGGCGGGAUGAGAUACUUCUGUCAAAAUUAAUUCUUGAUCCGGCCCAUUCGAUCCUCACCCAGUCUUUUGAUUGCCGACUGAGGCUUGAUCACCGGAGGCCUCACAAUGGCGACGGCUUUGGGGUGGGAUACUACACUCAACCAGCCCUAGGUUCUGAACCAUGCAUUUUCACCUCGACAAUACCCGCAUGGAAUUGUCUGAAUCUCGAGCGUCUGGCCUCCAAGACGACGUCAUCGUUGAUCUUUGCGCAUGUUCGCGCCACGACGGAGGGCAACCUAUCCGACCAAAACUGCCAUCCCUUCCGGUACGGCUCGCUGAUGUUCAUGCAUAAUGGCGGCAUUGGGGGCUGGCGGCAUAUCAAACGGAAGCUCGCCGAAUCCGUGGGAGACGACUGGUACAAUUGCGUGCAGGGCUCGACGGACAGCGAGUGGGCGUUUGCCGUGCUGCUCGACAGCAUGGAUAGGAUGGGAUACAGCCCCAAUGUGGAGCCGGGUCCGGAGGGGUACGGUCACACCGUGCUCCGAAAGGCGGUCUUGCGAACGAUUCAGCGGAUCAACGAGAUGACAGCCCAAGUCGAGGGCGAUGACACUCGGAGCCUGCUGAACUUUGCUAUUACCGAUGGGCAUAGCGUGGUCUGCUCUCGCUAUGUGAGCAGUGGGACUGACGAGGCCGCAAGCUUAUUCUUCUCAUCCGGCACGAGUUGGAAGCGCCAACAAAGCCAAGAGUUUCCUGAUGGAGAAAAGGGCGAUUACAAAAUGGAGCGAAGAGAUAAAGGCGGCGAUAUCGUGCUUGUUGCAAGUGAGCCUCUCACUUUCGAAAGAGACAAUUGGGUCACGGUUCCAACCAAUUCGACCCUGACCAUACACAAACAGACUGUGAUGAUCCAUCCGAUCAUUGACGAAUUCUACAAUCAGAACCCAUCACAUGCGAGGUCACAUCAGUUCGCCCAAACGAAAGGGCAGACAAUCGCCGAUAAGGAUAUCGUGAGCGAGCAAAAUGGACAGCCGGAUCGUGCAAUGGCGGAACCUCAAGACAUUCGUGUGGCGUGA